CAGCAGGGAGUAGGGUGAGAGGAGGAGGAGGAGAAAAAGCUUUUCUCCACUCUUGUUUCGGAGCCCCUGGAAGGAAGGAGAAGCAGCUGGAUGUGGGCUCAUCUUCUCCCGGCUCUCUCCUCGGUCUCUCCCGUCGCUGCGGACUCGGACAUGCAGCUUUAACCGAGGAAAGGAAAACAAUAUACCGACCGUGUUUGUUUCUGCCGUGGGAAUGUCGACCAACUGAAAGUUCAGGGACACUUUCAGGCUCCAGUUCGGUCCGGUUCGGGUUCCUCACAGCAGGAUGUGAAUCUGGGAAGUAGUCCAGGAGCCGAGGAGCGACAGGAGGAGUGAAAUUAAAGCGUUUUUUAGGGAAUAUCAGUGAUUGAGAGGACAGAGAGCUGCUUGUUGACAUGAUCGUCCAGCAGGCCUGAACACUGAGCUGGUGACUGAGGAGUUUGAUGUCAUCAGAGGACGUUCACUUUAAUUAGGCUCUGCUCCUCCACUAAGCCGCCCUUCAGACCAAAGCUGUGAUUAGCCCGAAUUACCAGAUACCAUGGAGCAUAGGUGGAGGUGGCACUUCGCAGUGGUUACCAUGGUUACAGUGUACUUCAGUUCAUGUCAGUGCGACAACAGAGUGUUUCCAUCGGAAACGCUGAUCAACAACGUGGUGGCAAACCCAGCCACAGGCCGCCUAUACGUGGGCGCAGUCAACCGCCUCUACCAGCUCAGCUCCGACCUGGAGCUGGAAUCCCGCACAGAGACGGGCCCACAGCGGGACAGCAAGUCGUGCACGCCGCCCAUUACCGAGUCCUGCACCGAGGCAAAGGAAACGAACAAUUACAACAAACUGCUGCUGAUCCAUCCGGACAAAAACCAGCUGGUGGUCUGCGGCAGCAUCUUCAGAGGCAUCUGCUCACUGAGGAACCUGAGCAGAGUGGAGCAGCGUAUUUACUACAGCGACAGCAACGGGGAGAAGUCGUACGUGGCGAGCGCUGAGGAGGUCGUCUCUGUCGUAGGAGUGAUGUCAUACUUCAAAACUGAAAAUAAAAGGCUCCCAGUUUUCUUGGUUGGUAAAGGGUACGGUGGCCAUGACAGCACCAAGCUGAUCUCCACCCGCCUCCUGGAGUCAGUACCAGAGAAUGAGUGGGUGGAGUUCGACAGCAUCAUCGAAGCCUCGUCUGUCCAGGCCAAUUCCUUCAUCCAGCGCUACCAGCACGACUUUCGCUUCGCCUUUAACGACAGCGGCUUCGUCUACUUCCUGUUCUCCAGGACCAUUUCCUUGCAGGACAACAAGAACUACACCUUCAUCUCCAGGAUGUGUGAGGACGAUCACCACUACUACUCAUACACCGAGCUGCAGCUGAACUGCAGCAGCGAAACCAAGAACUACAACAAAGUUCAGGCUGCUUUCGUUGGACCAGCUGGGAAAGUUCUGGCGCAGCGUUAUGGAACCAUUUCAGCUUCGGACAAAGUUCUGUUCGCCACCUUCACCUCUGAUGACGACUCCUCCGCUUUGUGCCUGUACCCUUUAAAGUUAAUUAACGAAGAACUCGUUAACAUCAUAGAAGCUUGUUACUACCACCAGGGCAUCAUCAACAACAAGAAGGCCGUUUAUCAGCCUUAUGCUUCCAAGACUGAUGACGCCUGCAGUUCUAUGCAGCGGACUAUGGGCCCAACACACAAGUGUGGAGCUGAUCACCUGCCCUCGCCACUGGCCAGUAAGUCAGAGUUUGCCCUGAAAGCUGAGCCAUCUUUUGUCCGUAAGGGUCACAUGACCGCUGUGGCCGUGGCCGUGGAGUUGGAUAAUGCUGUGGCAUUCCUGGGCACCGCCAACGGAGAGUUGCUGAAGGUGCAUUUGUCGGCUCAUCCCGAAAUGUACGAGCGGAUGUCGAGCGAAGUCACCGGAGGCAAGGUCAACAAGAACCUUCUGUUGGAUUCCAGCCUCCAACACCUGUACAUCACCUCGGAGAGAAAGAUCACCAAAGUUCCAGUCCAGAGCUGCCAGCUGAAGAAAGACUGCCACUCCUGUGUGUCCAUGAAGGAUCCAUACUGUGGCUGGUGUGUCUUGGAUGGAAAGUGUAGCACUAAGAAUGACUGCAGCAGGUCAGACGAGGACAACACAUGGCUGUGGUCUCCCAAUCAGCAGUGCGUUAGGAUCAAAGCCUUUGACCCACCAAACCUCAGCAGCAAGAAGCAAGAGCAGGUCCGGAUCACCAUCCCAUCCCUCCCCAGACUGCAGGAACUGGACCAGCUUGAGUGUGUUUUCGGUUCGUUCCAGACAGACGCUGUAGUGGAUUCGGCAAACCAGUCGUUGGUGGCGUGCUCGCUACCCAACCGUGAGAGCAUCCCCCCCACGCCUGAGCAGCAGGACUUUGUCUCCGUUCCAGUAAAGAUUCUGGUAAACAACAUCGAGGUGACGUCUGGGGAAUAUCACUUCUACAACUGCGCCGCUACCAUCUGGAAGAACCCGAACACACCGUGUAUCUCCUGUGUGACCAGUCAGUGGAAGUGUCAGUGGAGCCCUCAGGAUCACAGCUGCACUGAUGAGGAUGAAAAUAUGAAUGAUAAUCGUAUAGUGAAACCUCAACAGCGGGAAAAUUGUCCUCAGUUCGGGUUUCCUGAGCCGCUGCUGAUCCCUGUCGGCCAUGAGAUGCCCAUCAGCUUCCAGGGAAGGAACUUGGAAAACUACGAGGGAAUGAGCUUCUCCAUCGGCACAGAGCUGAUGAAGAAUACUGAGCAGGAGGUCACGCGGGAAGAAGGCUCAAAAUUCAAAUUCAACGGUUAUCAGUUUGCUUACGACAAGCAGCAGGAGGUGAACGUAUCGUUCCACAUCAAAGACCGAGUCACUGAGAGGAAGAUUGACAGCACGCUGACAGUCACGCUGUACAACUGCUCGGUGGGGAGAGGGGACUGCAGUCUGUGUAAACACGCCGACGCCGAGUACGGCUGUGUUUGGUGCAAAGACACCAAAACCUGUGUUUAUAAGGACAUCUGCAAUUUACCAGAGCUGGGCCAUUGCCCCAACCCGGAAAUAACUGAUAUCAUUCCUCGCUUCGGACCCAUCAAUGGUCAGAUCUCAGUGACCAUCAAAGGCUCCAACAUGGGAAUAAAGAACGAGGACGUGAGAAGGAUCACUGUGGCAGGAGUGAACUGUGUUCACAUGGAGGAGAGAUACUCUGUCUCCACCAGUGUGGUGUGUGAGAUCGGUCCGAAGCGAAUACCGCCUCACGACAUCCCGCUGGAACAGACAGAGAGCGGACCGGUGGAGAUAGAGGUGGAGGGAGACAGACGAGGAACCUCUAAGAUCAACUUCACUUAUCGGGAUCCCAAACCGAAAACCGUCCAUCCGUCGAAGGGUCCUGCAGCCGGAGGAACAGAGAUAACCAUCAAAGGAGACGCCUUGGAAACGGCUACUAAAGACGACGUUACCGUCUCCGUCGGUGACGUUGCCUGUGAAAUUUUAUCAUUUGGGGAAACCAUCUCCUGUAAGACCGGCCGCUAUAAUGGCCAGAAGGUUCCCUCAAAUCUGCUGACGGUUAAGGUGAAGUACGGGAAAAACACCACCAAGGAAAUCUAUUCUGCUUUCCAGUACUUAGAAAACCCCAAGAUCUCUGACUUCCACCCCAAAGCCAGCUUCUGUAGCGGCGGUCGGAGGAUUGUUGUGAUGGGAAGCAGGUUUGAUCUGAUCCAGUUGGCCACCUUGAAAGUUCAACCCUCCUCCGAUGACUCUUCAGUCGACACAUCUCUAGGGCUGUCAAAGCAUCUGAGUAAGAACGACACGGUGCUGGAGUUUGACUCCCCGAAGGUGAACGUCUGCGACGACGUCCAGUCGCUCAGGACCUUCAUACAGCUGGACAACAUGGAGGAGGAGCUGAAAGGCUUUAACUACCACCAAGACCCCACCUUCGACAAGCUGGCCAAGAACACCAUCACAGAGAACAUCGUCAUCAUCGUGACGGGGCGAGGUUUCUCCAAGGCCAUAACGGUGGAAGAGGUCCAGGCAACCGUUGGGGACGCCUUCUGUAACAUCAACAUACUGCAGGAUGAUAAAUUGAUCCUGGAGGCUCCUUCUACAAAGCCCAGUGCCAAACCCAGAGAGCAGGACCCAGCCAACGACAAACUCUACCUCAGGGUGAUGUUUGGUCAGGCAGAGUGGACUGUGGACUCGGUGCAAUACGCCAGUAAAGAUGACAUUCCUCUGGCCAUAAUCAUCCCUGCUGUGAUCCUGCCUAUGGUGCUUUUCAUCGCUCUGUCAAUCUACUGCUACAGGAGGAAGAGCCGACAGGCGGAGCGGGAGUACGAGAAGGUCAAACAUCAGCUGGAGAGUCUGGAGGAAAGCGUCCGCGAUCGCUGCAAGAAGGAGUUCACAGGUAUGGGUUCACACCUGAGGGCCGACGGAUCCGGUGACAACGAGGGCCGAUUAAAAACACUUUGAAUAAAACCUGCUGCC